UGAUGAAUCGAGAAAACUCGAUGGUAAAAAUGACACAUUUAAUCAAACAGAUUUGAAUAGACUGACGAAUAUAGAUACAGCUACAAAUGGCGGAGCAAUUUCAUCAUCAGCAGCAAUUGAAAAAUCCGAAAUAUAGAAACUGGGUAAAAUCUGGUUUGGGACUAAAAUAUCUGAAGGAUGGACUGCAAAUAUUCUCAGAUGAGAAAGUUAAACAACAGCAUGAUGAUUUUGUAAAUGCUGUUAAGCGGAAGCAUAAUUUAACAACAGUCAAUUGUGGACAAUGCAUCUUACAGAAACUUCAGCCGGACCAUGUCAGAAACAAAAAUAAACAGUGUCCUCUCGGUUGCAAAGAUUGUAACUGCCAAUAUCCUGGUGGAAAAAAUGCAUGCCCGAAUAAUGUAUGUGGCGCAAUUUAUGACCAGAUUAUUUUAAAUCAUGAUUCAAAUCCUCCAGCUCCGUUCUGGAAAAAUACCUGCGUACAGAAAUGGUGCACGGAUGAGUGGGAAGUGGCAAAGUGCUACAUAAAUGCUCCGGGGUAUGCAUCUAAAUCCAAUGCGUCCGAAAUUGACUGUACAGGACUACUUCAUCUGUUUAUAAAUAGCAAGUUCCUACAGACGAAAGUUGUUUGUAAAAUAACAGGUCAUGAUGUUUUCUCAAAGACCCGAUCAGCAAGAAAUGCUAUUUUUCAUUCGACUUCUAUGGAAAUGGACGAUAUUGAAUUCAUUCAGUAUAUAGAUGACAUGAUUGCUGUUCUUGAAGAUGGAAAAGAGCUUUUAAACAGACCAGAAUCUAUAACUGCAGUUGAAAUGCUUCAUGAGGUAUUAACAUUUAAUUUAUUUGUUUUAAAAAGAAAAGGAAUGCGGAAAUUUUUUGGCUGA